AUGACAUCGAACAUUACAAGGAAUGACGCAGUCGUGUCGGAAGACUUGAUUGCCAAAUACAAUAUAACGGAUGUCGGCGUCGAGUUUCUCACGGAAAUCAUGAACCCAGGGUUGCGCCGCAGCGAAGACUGCCUCACGCUCAACGUAUGGACGAAGCCCCAGGUAGGAGAGAAGCGCAAGGCCGUCCUUGUCUGGCUUCACGGCGGUAGUUUCGUCGUCGGAUCGUCGGCAAUCCCUUCAUACAACGGCCAGAUUUUCGCCGACCAGGAGGAUGUCGUCCUGGUGACCAUCAAUUACCGGCUGAGCAUAUUUGGGUACCCCGGAAAUCCACUCGGGGCUCAGAACUUGGGACUACUCGACCAGCGUCUCGCCGUGGAAUGGGUUCGAGACAACAUCGCGAGAUUUGGAGGCGACCCGAACCGCAUCACGAUGUUUGGGCAGUCCGCUGGAGGCGUCUCGAUUGACGACUACACAUACGCUUGGCCGCGCGAUCCCAUUGUACACGGAGUGAUUGCGCAGUCAGGCACUGGAACAGGUAUUGGUACGCGAACGAAGGCGGAAGCGGCAGAGUUCUGGUUCAACGCAUCCUCUGCCGUUGGAUGCGGGGACAAGAACACGCCUGCUCGACAGGUGCAGGAGUGCAUGUUGCGCAAGCCCGCCGACGCUAUAGCCAAAGCCACCGUCUCCACCGUCAACAGCCCCGUCACGAUGCCGUACUGCCCAACUAAGGACAACAAGACCGUGUUUGAGGACUUGAGCCGGCGUGUACCAGCCCGCUUGCCCAUGCUGAUUGGAAACACCGACUUUGAGGGCGGGUUGUUUGAGCUCUUCACCGACGCACCCGCGCCGCCCGGGUUUUGGCAGCAACACAGUCGGCGAAUGUUCGAGUGCCCUGCGGCCAGACGUGCCGCUCUAUCGGUGAAGCACGGGAAUCCUACGUGGCGAUAUCGCUACCACGGCGACUUCCCGAACAUGGAGCUGUCGAGAAAUCCGCCGAGCGGAGCGUAUCACGAGUCGGAAGUGCGGCCGAUGUUCGAUACCGUGGUUCAGGAUCAGAUUCCCAGCACCAAGGAAGAGAUUGCGCUCGGCAAAUACCUUCGGCAAACGUGGGCGGCCUUUGCAAAGGACCCAGUUCAUGGCCUAGAGAGGUAUAAUUGGCCACGGUAUAACCCCAACGGGACGACACUGGUCCGACUCGGCUACAAUAACAAGGUUGGGCCGAAUCUCGCGAUAGGAAACCUGUACGAUUGGGAGUGCUAA